AUGAUGAUAAUCCAAUCAAUUUGGUACAGGCGUGCAUUAGCUAAAUCAGUGAUAGCUAGACGAAUGAUGGAUGGUCACUCAUCUCAGUUGUAUGGUAGCGCAACAGCAUUGUAUAAGCAUCGUACAAAGAAUUAUUGGUUCGAUCUUAAGAUUCAUCCCGACGAACAUAUUUGGGUACCAUCGUCAGGACCAAAUACCAUGACAAGCAGUUCACGUGAUACCGAGUGUUAUGUUGGUGAACGAGAUUGUCGGAAAAUUGGGGAAAAGCGAAGUUGUGCUGCAUGUCAUAUUGUAGUACAUACAGCAUGCUUGCCAGUUUUACGACAGUUAUAUGUGAAAUGUAAAAUAACAUAUCACGAAGAAAAUGCAGCAAAAAAACAAAUUGCUUCAAGCAGCGGUGUUAUGGAGGAAUCAUUAAAUGGACAUCAUUGGGUGCAUAAAUGGAAACAGAAAGGACGUUGCCUACGUUGCGGAAAAUCGUUUCAGCAGAAAAUUUUCCAUGACAAGGAAGUAAUCGCAAUCACUUGUUCGUGGUGCAAACGAUCAUAUCAUAACAAAGUAGAAUGUUUCUCAUCACAAUGUUUUGAGAAAUCAUGCGAUCGUGGUGAUUUAAAAGAAGUGAUUGUGCCACCGACAUGGAUUCAAUAUUCAAAUUUAAUCCAAACAAGAAAAAAAAAGAAAGUUGCGAAAAGAAAGAAACGCAGAUUGUUUAGGAUACGACCCGUACCAUUAGAUGAUGGCAUGUGGCUUCCAACUCAACCACUGCUUGUAUUUGUAAAUCCAAAAUCAGGUGGUAACAAAGGUUCGAAAUUGUUACACACAUUUUGCUGGCUUCUGAAUCCACGUCAGGUAUUCGAUAUUACUGCACUGAAAGGACCUGAAUUUGGACUUGGUAUGUUUAAGAAAGUGGCAUCCAGUUUGCGACUGCUCGUUUGCGGUGGUGAUGGUACCGUUGGAUGGAUUUUAAGUGCCCUUGACAGAAUGAAUUGGACGAAGUAUCCCCCAAUUGGCAUUGUUCCGCUAGGCACUGGCAACGAUUUAUCCAGGCAUUUAUUUUCCUAUGCUUUUAUUAAUUAUUUAGAUUUAUGUCUUGGUUGGGGUGGUUCGUUCAGCGAUGAACCAUUGGCAGAACUUCUAAAUGCUGUUAUUUAUGAAACAUCUAUCACAUAUCUCGAUAGGUGGAAUAUAAAUGUAGAAGCGAACUUGGAAAUCUCAAAUGUACAAGCGGAUGAAAUCGACAAAGCUGCUCAGAGUGUGUUAACACUAACGGUGAUGAACAAUUAUUAUAGCAUUGGGGCUGACGCUCAUGUAGCCUUGCAAUUCCAUCAUUCUAGAAGUGCAAACCCACAAAUGCUAAACAGUAGGCUGAAAAAUCGAAUAGCAUAUGGUGGAUUAGGUACCAUUGAUUUGUUCAAGCGGACAUGGAAACUUCUUCAUGAAUAUAUUACACUUGAGUGCGAUGGAAUUGAUUUAACUUCAAAAAUUAAAGAAUUCAAAUUCCACUGCAUAUUAUUCCUUAAUAUAACAUAUUAUGCGGGAGGGACUGUUCCAUGGAGCAACGAUGAUGAGGAGAAACAUCGAUCUUCUAGCUGUGAUGGCAAACUAGAGGUUCUUGGUUUCACAACUGCUACGCUGGCUACUUUGCAAAUGGGUGGCAAAGGUGAACGAAUAGCGCAGUGCUCUCAUGCUCGUAUCACAACAAGCAAAGCAAUACCAAUGCAGGUUGACGGUGAACCAUGUCUUCUAGCACCGAGUACCAUCGAAAUUACCUUUCAUAGUCAGGUUCCCAUGUUGCGUCGUGAAAAGAAAUCAAAUUAUAUGCCGGGAAAUCUUAAGAAACAGCGAAAAAUAUUCAAACAGCAACGGAGUAGCAGUAACAGCCAAACACCAUCAACUCCAGUUGGCUAUUCAUUACCUGUAUUAUUGGUUACUUCUAUCGAAUACAAUGCUAAUCGAGAUAAUCUGGAGCAGCUCAAAGAAGCUGCUAUGGAAAUUGGUGAAAUUCAUGUAGAAGCAGAAGCUGAGCUGGACAUUGUACGACAAAGAAUUGAAAAACUUAUUGCCGAUUACUCCAGUUCGAGUAUUGAAUCGAAUAGCGAAUGGAGAUUUCUUGAUUAUGUUAGUAGUGCUGAAGAAGGGAUAUUUCGUGUGCACCGUUAUCAGGAACAAUUCGUGACAAUAUCUGAUAUUUGUUGUUUGGAAGAAUGCAUCAUAAUCCUGAAUAAUGCUCUGGUCAGACGAAUACAUUCAAUUGAUGAAGCUUCAAGCCAAAUUAAGAAGAGCAUAUCAGAUCAUGACAUUUGCUUGAACGGUGAUACAUUGCAUGUUACAUUUCAGUGUGAUACUCAUGAAACGCACUUAUAA